AUGGAAUCCUAUUACUGUAAUAUGCUUAGAGAGUUCCCCGCAAAGGUUGGCUCCCCAUUCAGAAUAUAUGAAGAUACAUGGAAUUAUGUUAGCUUACAGGAUGCUCGGUACCAUGAGGACCACUGGAACAUAAGAAGCGUGUUAGGCCAGUCUCAGUACCACGAGUCAGAAUCGUUUUCCCCCGAGGCCAGUCAUCUUAAUCUGCCGCGGUGUCCUUCACAGCUACCUACUCCUACUCCGUCGUCCCAUCGAGCACACAGUGAAGAUGCUCCAUACCGCUGGCCCCAUUUGCCACCCCUGAAUCCCAGAAGCUUCGCUGGCGGUGGGAUACCACGAGAUCAUCAAAAUAUGUUAUUAGCCGAUUCUAGUCUAAGUCUAAUCUGUCUACGUCUACUCAUCAAAUCCAAGUCCAGUCCCAAUCCAGUCCAAGUCCAAGUCCAAGUCCAAGUCCAAGUCCAAGUCCAGUCCAAGUCCAAGUCCAAGUCCAAGUCCAAGUCCAAGUCCAAGUCCAAGUCCAAGUCCAAGUCCAAGUCCAAGUCCAAGUCCAAGUCCAAGUCCAAGUCCAAGUCUACGUCUAAGUCUAAGUCUAAGUCUAAGUCUGUGUCUGUGGCUAUGUCUAAGUCUAUGUCUAAGUCUAUGUCUAUGACUCACGAAGGACAAGAGAUAAAAUAUUCAGUCAAUGUUUUAGCCUUCAGGACAGUCUUAGGACCUGGGCCUCGUCCUGCAGCAGCUAACCCAGUGAAGGAUAUUGACAUCAAAGACGCCACCAUGCAUACCACGUGA